ACAACUAAAAAAAUCAAAAUUUUUGUAUUUUGCAGUAAGCAGCAGAUAAAAACAUAAAUGUUGGCUUUAAUUUAAACAUUUGAGAAUAUUUUUUAAUAAAAUUCAACAACGAAAUGGAAUUUGAUAGUCCAGACGUAGAAAAAGAUUUCCCUGGUCUUUAUGCAUCUGAAACAGUUGGUGGUAAAAAGAAGGAAGAAAGUGAUUUCAGUGAAGGUGACCAUGACAAAAUAAGCAAAAAGGAUCUCCUAAUUGGUCGUCGCAAAGACAAGAAAGACAAAAAAGAUCGAGGCUAUGCUGCCCUCGAAGGAGAAAGUUCCCCUGAAGAUGAUUUAGAUGCAAAUCCAUCAAAGUCUUCAAAGAAAUCAAAGGCUUUUAAGUUUUCAUCUUCAAAAAGCAAGGAAAAGCGUGAAAAGUCCCGUGACAAGGAAAAAGUUGAAAAGGAUUUAAAAGACAAGGACGAAAAAGAAAAGGAUAAAGACUCCAAAGACAUCAAGGACAAGAAACGUGAGAAAGACAAAAAGGAUAAAGAUAAAAAAGAAAAAACUAAAGAAAAAGAUAAGAAAGACAAAAAGUCUAAGGCGGCAGCCAGUGAAGAAGUUCUUGAACUGGGAGAUGUUCAGCCAGUUUUUAGUGUGUCUGUUAGUUUGGCAACUGAACGAAGUCGAUGUCAUGAUGGAAUUGAUUUGCCACUUGUGGUACGCGAUUGUAUUGACUAUCUGCAGGAGCAUGGUUUGCGAAGUGAGCAAAUUUAUAAAGUCGAACCAGUCAAGACAAGACUUCAACAUUACAAACGACUCUAUAAUAAUCGAGAAUCUCAAGGGACAGAGGAUAUGGAUGUUCCUACAGCUUGUGGACUUUUGAAAUUGUUUUUGAAAGAACUACCCGAACCUAUUUUGACUACAGACUUGAUAGCACGAUUUGAAGAAGUUUCUUCUCAUCCUCAAGUUACACAGCAAGAGAAGGAGUUGAAAACUCUUUUGCAUCAACUUCCUAAUUGCAACAAGAAUUUGUUGUCAUGGAUUCUUUUGCAUUUCGAUUCAGUUAUACAAAAUGAGAAGCAAAACAAAAUGAAUGCUCAAAGUCUGGCUAUGCUGUUGAGUCCUCCAUUGCAAAUGUCACAUCGUUUAUUGGUAACUUUGCUCUGUCACUGCCCAAGUUUGUUUGCUGAAGUUGAAUUGAAGAAAUAUGUCCCACCUAUUACUUCGACAAGUCCAAAACUACCAGAAACUCCAAGUGACAUCCAAACCGAGCUUUCCAAACAGGAAAGUCUUCUUGCACAAAUACAUUCUGAAAUGAAUGCAGGUUUUGUGUCUAAAAAACGAGAAGAACAACUUUGGGAGGUACAACGCAUUAUCACACAACUCAAAAGAAAACUACGUGUCUUUGAAAAAAGACAAGAAAAAAGCACAGAAGAUCAAGUAGCUGACACAACAGAAACAUGCACAUCCAUUACUUCAGUAAAUGCACAAAAUCGAGAACAAAUUUCUUGCACGAAAGCAACCUCCGAUGAUGAGUCGAUGAAAACAUUAACCAUUCCCUCAACAGAAUCUGGUACGAAUACAGAUACAAAAAAUACACCACAAGAUACAACAGACUAUCCGUCUAUAAUUCCUGAAGAGCAGCCUCCCAUUAAAGAAGCUACUGCCGCCGAUGAAGGCAUGUACCUUCAUGAGAAUGGUCUUCUUAUGUUGCCAAAAACUCAUCCAGACUAUCAUACCUUGAUUCGUUUACAGUUGGAAAACCAAGAGCUGAUAAAUUGGAAGAACCAAUUGCAAACAAGAAUUAGUGCCGAAAGGGCAGAAAUUUUAAGAUUAAAAAAAUUCCUCGUUGCAUCUAAUUCAGAUCAACCUAAAAAGCAGGUGACUUGCGUCAAUGACGAAGUUGGUGAUUACGAUAAGAUAAUUGACAAUUAUAUGAAAGAAAAUAAUUUGCUCGAACAAAAGAAGAAUAUUUUGUCUAAACAGAUUUUUGAAGAAAACAAAGAAUUGAUUGCAUUGCAAGUUGAAUAUGCAAUGCAAAAAUUUUAAUAAUAUCAUAGAAUUUGUUUAUUACUGUUACUAAUAGUCAAAUGGAAUAUAAUUCCUUUAAUUAACUAUUUAUAAAGCCCUCUUUCACUUAUAUAUUAUAAAUGUAUUAAUUUUUGUGUAUAAGAAUGAUGGCUUAGCUUUACAAAAAAAUAU